AUGGUAGCAAGGGUAGGUGAGGAGCGAGGCCUGUUGGCCAGGCUGCCGACGGAGCUCAUCCUCAACCUCUACGACGAACUCGAACCCUCUUCCCAUUUUGCGCUCGCCACGACAUGCAAGCUCCUCUACGCUCGAUCAACGCCCAUCCUCGAAAUCCACCGGAAUGCUCAUCGGCACAAUCGCGUCAUCUCCGAUUGCUCGCUUGAGCUUCUCGUACGCGUGUAUCGCAGCGCGCAGGCAUCUGUUGGUUCUAAAGCCAUCGAAGCAUGGCACGUCAGGAAGUUUGAAAUAUGGGGAUCUAGAGAAACAUGGGACGAGUGGAAAAGUUGGGAGAUUGAUGCUGAUGGAAGUGUCUCCCUUGCCGCCCACGAAGAUCCGCUGCCCUCACCUUUCGGCCCUCGCGAGGUGGCUGAUCAUAUCAAGGAGAGGGAACUGAUGUUUCACCCCACUAAUGAUCAUGAGAUCAUCGCAUACGCCUUUGAAGAUGGAGAAGAUGGCUAUUUCAAGGCAAUGAUAGUUUCCAUGUUACCGCGACUAAAUGACCUUGUGUUUGUUAGCCAUCACGUUUCCAAGCAGAUGCUUACCCUGAAUUGGUUGGAGCAAAUGAUCCAAUGGAGCUUGGAUUGCGGUUUUCCUUGGCCACCUGGAUUCAACUCCCUUCGCAAGGUAUCUGUCGGAGUCCCCGUUUUCGAUCGUCCUGAGAUUGAAGCUGUGUCACGCUCUAUGAGCCUCUGUACUCUACUGCGCCUUCCCUCUAUUGAAGAGAUCUACUACCGCAAUUUGUCUUCAGGUGAACCGGAUGAAUCCGAUGGGGGGUGGUUACUUCCCCUUGAAACUUCGACCGUCAGAACCCUAGUUCUUGACAGAAUCAGAGAAGACAAUACCAACCUCCGAGGGGCACUGGUCCACACGUCGAUCGGCCUUGACGCAAUGGUCAUCCGUGCACAAAGCGGGGAGCCACUGGACUUGGUGAAUACAUUCCCCGAAGAGCUCAGCUCUUCGGUUUCCCAACGGUCUCUUCGCCAGUUCCUCCUGUAUCAACCAGAUUGCAUGUUCGGCUACCACUGUCGCAACUACGAGCUGAGCGAGUUGUCGUCAAUGCGAAACAUCCGCAUGAUACAACUUUGUGUUGAGGACCUUCUGAUGGAGUGCUUCUGCCUGCUCAAUGGUGCUUGUUGUAAUGAUACCGAGAUGGAGUAUUAUUUCGAUCAAGAUCCGUUCGACCGUGACAAUGACGAGAGUGUUCUCCCUGAGAGAGCUCCACUACCCGACAUGCCAGAGAUGGACUGGAAGACGACAGGCGACCGCUCUGCUGACGGGGCUGUAAAGCAUGACGACGUGGUAACUCACUUUACUAAGUGCCUACCGCCUACUCUCGAAGUUUUACUUCUUUGGGGAUUGGAGGAUGAGGUCUGGUAUAACCGAGGGGAUUACGAGGUGAAUGAGGCUUUAGACGAUGCUGUUGUGGCGCUAAUCAAUUCGCGGUCAUUCCCAAACCUGAGGGCCAUCUACCUCGAACAAGUCGAGAAGCAAGCUCCUAUACCCAGAACCAAAAUCUCUUUUCAAAAAACAAUGAUAGCUGCAAAGGGUCGGGGUGUUUAUGUCCGCACAUUGUCGAACCAGCACGAACCGAUUCCCGAGCUUGGUUUUCCCAGAAUGCCAGACAAGUAUGAUCUCGAGACCGGACCAUUUCCAGCCAGGGAUCCCACGUGGAUUUUUGAUCCUUUUACGGGGUCUUGGACAGCCCCGGGGUGCGGCGGUUGUGGGAGCUGUGAGACAUGUUUACGGUAUUACACGAAAGAGGCAUGGGAAGAGUUUAGGCGUCAAAAAUCUGACGGAAGCACGGUGUCUGAUCGAGAUGAUGGGAUGGGAUUUUCAUGA